UAUAUAAGAGCUGUGCCUUAGGCGGAGCAGAACAGCACGCGCAAACAGUAGUUUCAAACUUCACUUCAAAUCAACUUCCUUCGUUCUUCGAUUCUGCGACCGGUUCGCUAUUUUAUUCGCAUCUCUCUUUUCUGGCUCCUUCUGAGGUCACCCAAGCCACUUAACUUUAUACAUUCACUUCUCCGCAAAUAUGAAGGUUUCUCACAUCGGUGUGGCCAUGUGGGUCAUGACUGGGUCUCAAUUUACUACUGCUGCACCCACUUCUGAACUCCUCAACGUCCUUCAGAGCAGAGGACAUCAGGACUUGAGUGCUAGAGACCUCUCGGCACUGUUACAGAGCCUUACCGGCGGGUUGGCACAACUCCAAGGACAGGGGGCUGCCGCCGCGGGCCAGCGUAAGAGUGCUCAAGAAGCCGAUGCGGAGUCACAGGGCAGCGCAGACAGUGCAGAUAGCAACGCAGGUAAUGCUGCGCAGGGCGGACAAGCUGCGAAAGGAGGCCAGGCUGCAGAGGGUGGCCAGGCUGCAAAGGGUGGCCAGGCUGCAAAGGGUGGCCAGGCUGCAGAGGGAGGACAAGCCGCAGAAGGUGGAGAAGGAGAAGGCAAUGAAGUCGAAAUCGCCGGCACAUUCGGCACCGCAGUCGCUGUUGAGGGCGGUGACCUCAAGCAGGAUAUCCUCUUCACAAAGAGCACAGUCGGCGCCUUUGAAUUUGAGUUCCAGAGUGCCACCGCAGACACUGUCACGGUAACGGAGAAUAAGACGCCCGCAGCCCCGCCUACAGGCUUCGAGCUGCUCGAAACGAGUUCAUACCAGGUUGCGCUGGCGACGAGCAAAGGCGUGGGGCUAACCCUGUCCAAAAUCGACUUCAUUUUUGACGCUGCUGCUGCCGGACUCCAGGGCAAAGACGUUACGAAAGCACAAGUCGGAAAAUUGUGCGCUGAGACCGGGGCGUUCACAAUUUCUGAGACACUGGGAGAGCUGGAGUUUGAGGUCGAGGAGAACGAAGUCACGCUGAACUUGAACAAGGACGUCACUGCUGAGGGCGAGUGGGGAAUCUUCCUCCCUGUUGCCGCCGCGGGAGCUGCCACUGGCAAUGAGACAGCCGCUCGGAACGGAACCGCUGCCGCCGGUGAAGGUGCUAAAGGCGCUGCUGGGGACGAGGCCGCCAAGGGCGGUCGGGCCAAAGAGGGCGCCGCUGCUGAGGGCGCGAAAGGCGAGCAAGCGGCCGCCGGAGCAGAGGGUGCCGCAGGGGAGGCCGCCAACGGACGGCAAUCUGCUAAAGAGGGUGCAGCUGCUUCAGGCAAAGCCGGCGAAGCCGCUGCCAGCGAAGAGGCGGCGGCUGGCAAUAAGCAAGCCAAGGCUGGUGCUGCUGCCGCUGCCGAGCAUGCGUAG